ACGGAUGACAGAGGCGAACAACGGUCUGACGUUAUUCCCUUUGAAAUGGCGUUGAUGGCCUCAAAGACGAUGUUAUUUUUAACCAUUGCUGUUGUUUAGACUGCUUUAGCUUUCAUUUUUCUGCACCAGCGUCAAUAUUUUGAUCAAAUUUUAUCAUGUUGGGAUUUUUAAGUUUAUAAACAAAAAUGUGGUGAAACAAAUUGUUGAUAUUUUGGCGUUACAUAAUAAGGCCGCAGCUGCCCCAAGCUUGCGUAGAGAUUACAACCGCCUUUCGAAGCUAGGCCUAGCAUCAAAGCUACAUAUCGGUUUUCAAGUAAAAACGACAGUUAGUGGCUACACGUAAACACAUUUCAUUGUACUUGGAACAUUGCUUUUUGAUCAUUCACGGAUUAUCUAACUUCUUGAAUCAGAUUUGGACACCCUUUUUUGUUUUAUUUUAGUUUUAUAUAAUUCUUUAAACAUGGCAUCAGUACCAGUGUACUGCUUGUGUCGCCUCCCUUAUGAUGUGACACGCUUCAUGAUUGAAUGCGACAUUUGUCAAGACUGGUUUCAUGGAAGCUGUGUUGGAGUGGAAGAGGACAAAGCAGCAGAAAUUGACCUGUACCACUGCCCAAACUGUCAGGUCACACAUGGGCCAUCUGUCAUGCGCAAACGCCGUGGCGGCAAUAAACAAACAGAUGGAGGUGCUGUAGGAUUAAGAGAUCCAAGUCGGCCUGUUAAGACAGGAAGUCCACAGUUUGUCAGAGAGCUGAGGAGCCGUACAUUCCCAAAUGCAGAUGAAAUCCUGCUAAAGCCAUCAGGGGCACAACUGACUGUGGAGUUCUUGGAAGAGCACUCGUUCAGUGUCCCUGUCAUGGUCUUGAGGCGCGACGGUUUAGGCAUGACCCUUCCUCCAUCAUCGUUCAGCGUUACUGAUAUAGAGCAUCACAUUGGUCCAGAUAAAGAAAUUGAUGUGAUUGAUGUGUGUCGGCAAUGCGAUCUGAAGAUGCGAUUGGGAGACUUUGUUGAAUACUACAACAGCCCUAACAGAGACCGAGUGCUCAACGUCAUUAGUCUGGAGUUUUCUGAGACUAGGCUCUCCAACCUAGUUGAAACUCCCAAAAUAGUGAGGAAACUGUCGUGGGUGGAAAACCUCUGGCCUGAAGAGUCUGUUUUUGAACGCCCUAAUGUCCAGAAGUACUGUUUGAUGGGAGUGAAAGACAGCUACACAGACUUUCACAUUGAUUUUGGAGGCACCUCAGUAUGGUACCAUGUCCUGAGGGGGGAGAAAAUUUUCUACCUAAUUUCUCCCACCCCAGCCAACCUGGCUCUCUUUGAACAGUGGAACUCCUCCACUAACCAGAAUGAGAUGUUUUUUGGAGACCAGGUUGAUAUGUGUUACAAGUGUUCUGUGAAACAGGGAAACACACUGUUCAUACCAACUGGAUGGAUACAUGCAGUGUUGACUCCAGUUGACUGCCUGGCAUUUGGAGGAAACUUCUUGCAUAGUCUCAACAUAGACAUGCAGAUCCGGGCAUAUGAAAUAGAGAAGAGAUUAAGCACCGCAGAGUUGUUCAAAUUUCCCAACUUUGAAUCUGUAUGUUGGUAUGCUGGAAAACAUUUGCUUGAUACCUUAAGAGGUCUGAGGGAAAAUCGAAGACACCCUGCCAGUUAUCUCAUUAAUGGAGCCAAGGCCUUGAAUAAUUCUUUUCGCUCCUGGACCCGUAAAGAGGCCUUAGGAGAACAUGAGAUGGAGAUUCCUGAGACCAUCAACACUCAGACACUCGUGAAGGAUUUGGCCAAGGAGAUUCGCCUGGUUGAGGACAUCUUUCAACAGAACAUUUCCCGCACUGGGUCUCAGUUUCCUGGUGGACCAAUCUCGAAAGCUCCCCUGAGUACCUCUCAGAACUCUGGACGCCCCCCUGGAAAAAAGAAAGGGCCAAAACCCAAGGAUGCAUUGGUGGCUCUCGGGUCGCCGACAUCCAAAAAGAAGAGUCAGAAGGGUUUACCUAAAACCGAACCAGGAGAACUUGAUCUUAUUGAGAUUCAUACCAAACACACUCUUAAAAAAUUUCAACCUGGAAAAUCCAAACACAAGAACAAGUUGGAGCUUCCUAUUGAUGAUUUUGAAGGGAACCUUAAUAAAAGUAAACUAAAGCUCGUGCUGACGAAUGGAAAAAUUCAAGGUAAAAAAGAUGGAAGUAGCAAUGGAGCAGGAAAUGCUCGGAACUACAAGCAUCUCGCCACAGAGGGAUCCAGUCUCUCUGAUUUGGAAUCUGAAGAAGAGCUGCAGAUUGAUGAGACCCCGCCUCCACGACGCAAGUCUGCGGGACUUGACAAGAAAAAGAAACUAAUCGGUCUUCCUAGAAAGCUGCCACGAGCAAAGCCAUGUUCUGACCCCAAUCGCAUUAGAGAGCCAGGAGAAGUUGACUUUGAUAUCGAGGAGGAUUAUACCACUGAUGAAGAAGCUCUAGCUGCCCAUGGAGUGCAGGGAGGUGCAGGAGGCAUCCUAGACUUACUAAAGGCCAGCAAGCAAGUUGCCGGCUUAGAUUCUGCAACACUCAGUGAGGAAGCCCCAGCCUCUCCCAGCACUCGAGACGCCAUACAGGGUAUGCUUUCCAUGGCCAACCCUCCUUCCUCGUCGUCGUCCUCCUCCUCUUCAUCACCCUUAUCUAUUUCUGGGGGCCUGACAGAAGGAUUAGGGGUCAUGAAGGAAAAGGGGGGUAGAGCCAUUUGGGUAACUGGAGGGGUAAAGAAGACGGCAAAUCCUGUGAAAAAACCUGUCAUCCAGCGGCCGGGAAAAAGGACGAUUAAAAGGCCAGCGCGUCAUCUCAGUGAUGAAGAGAGUCCUGAUGAACAAGAGACAUUAGGAACCUGUUUUAAAGAUUCUGAUUAUGUGUACCCUUCCUUGGAGUCAGACGAGGAAGAUUAUACCAGCAAAACUAAGAUGAAGCGUAAAAAGAAUUGGGACGACACACCUUGGAGCCCAAAAGCAAGAGUAAUGCCCACUCUUCCUAAACAAGACAGACCACCCAGAGAAGGAGCUCGAGUUGCCUCUGUAGAAACUGGCCUAGCGGCAGCUGCUGCCAAGUUGGCACAACAGGAGCAACAAAAGCCGGCUAAAAGGAAGUACACCAAAAAGCAGCGUCCUCCUCCUGCAGCUCUACCUCCUCCUGUCCAGAAUGAGCCUGCCCCGCCCUCACCUACACCAGUUUCAGAAUCUGCAGAAGACGCCAGCCCCGACAGAAGAAUGGAUUAUUACUCUGCCAGUCUUCUGGACCACGAAUACACGGCUGGACCGGGACCUUUUGGCUCUGGAGGUCCUCGAGGCAGCGGAGCCAUGGCUCCUGGUGUAUUUUUAACUUCUCGAAGACAUUCCCUGUCGCCUCAAAACACCGGUUCCCAUUCAGGUGCAUCCCCGGCAGGUUUAACCAGCCAAGGCAUAACAGGAGUCGGUCAAGGCAAACGUCCGAAGAAAGGACUUGCCACUGCAAAACAGAGACUUGGAAAAAUUCUGAAAAUUCAUCGCAAUGGUAAACUACUCCUGUGAGAGAAAGAUGCGAUUGAAGAUCUUGUACAAAUGAAAAAAACAUUUUUGAAGUAAGCUUGAAGGAUAUAAUUGUCUAUAUUUUUUACUUUUGAUAAAAUGUAUUCACUGUUUUUAAUUCCUCUUGAACUCGUAUCUUGUCCUUCACUAGUUAUUCUGUCUGUCUCCACUUGUGUAUAACUUUGUCAAGGCAUUUUCAAAGACAAAUAUGGAGUUUAAAGGGCUUUUAAGCACUAAACCAACAUCAAAAAGUCAGUUAAUACAACAAAAAUAUCAUCAAUACAUGUCCUUCAGUGAGUAAUUACUUUUACUUGAAUCUGGAAAAAAUUAAAAAGGCACUUAAACUUGCUCUAAUUGUAAGAAACCACAGUUUACUCGUGUCCUGGAAGACAUAGAUGUGUGCUGAAAAGAUAUGAUAAAGUCUGUAUGCAUUGUUUUUUUUUAGUUUGGAUAACAUGCAAAACCAAUAAAGCUUGUGGUUCAUUAAAUUUUUUUAUAAUCCAACAAGUCUGACCUAAUUAGGGGUUUUGUUUUAAAUCUUCAAUCAGUUCAAAUCAGUGUCAUUUUGUCUUGUAUGGAAAACUUCUGGACUGUUAUAUAAUUACAUAUAUACCUAUAGAUGUCAUUGGAACAUUUUUAAACUGUCAAUUGCAUUGUAGGUUGAAAAAUUAUUGAAAAAGUUAUCUCAUAGUUGUUAUGGUUAAUGACACACCAAAAGGACAUAACACUGACUUUUCUUUCAAUAAAAACGUUGGCUUGGUGUAAAAAGGCCCUUAAUGUGAGUAAUGUUUUUUUGUUUUGUUUUUCUGUGUAUUAAUUGAUUUUAAAACGGUAGAGAAUUGUAAGUUAUUUGAAAAUAUGUGGAUAUUUUUUGCAUAAUUUGACAUUUUAUUUUAAUUUAAAAAUUUUUUUUUUUUGGAAAGUUUAUUUUAGAGCUUGUAUGACAUUGUACUCCCCAUUUGACACUUUUUAAAGGGAAAAGAAAAUAGCAUUUUGGAAUUAGUGAGUUUGAUCAUUUCUAUAUACUCUUAUUUUUUUUCUUUAGAAACCCUAUUUUAUGUACAUGUAAAAAGUAAUUGCUGUAAACAAUGAUUUCAUGUUGAUCUAACUGUUAAUGUGUUUUUAUUUGUUUUUUGUUUUUUUUAUAAAUGUUAUUGAAGGGCAAAACAACGUAGCAAAAACCCACUUUAUACAGAUAAAAUUCUAAUUUUUGGGAGCUCUAAACAUACAUCGUAUUAGGAUUUUAUUUAUUUUUUUUUUGCAUAUUUAUUUACAGUGGCAUAUUUUUUAUUUUGUUUUAAUGUAUUCUUUAUUCUCAUAUUCUGUACUGUAAUUAUUUUAAACCACUUUAAACAUACAAACUCCCAACCAUUAUGAUAUAACAUGUUUCUACACGUAAUUUGAUUGUGAUUGUAAAUAUUUGUAAUAUAUAUAUAUAUAUAUAGAUAUAUGUGUAUAUGUAUAUAUACUGUAUAUCUUCUUUGAAAACCUUAAAAAAAUUAGUGGUUGAAAAUAUUUUUUUUUAGCAUGUUGCCAUAAUUGGAGCUCUUGAGUGUUGGCAGCAUCCUUGGGUCAGAUGUAGUGAUGUGCUUUCCUAUUAUAGAAUGUACUAAUCAUAAAAUCUUGAAUGAAACAACAGUCAAAAGAAUAAUUUCAUUGUGAAGGUGCGGGAUUGUAAAUAAAUGUUUUUUUUUUAUAGCUAAAACUAUUUUUUCCGUAAUGACUUGUACAUGACACAACACUGUAAUACGAUGAGUCUUUUUUUACAUUUGUAUGCCAUUACUGUAAUGCUCUGUUCAUGCUCGUUAGUGUAAUAUUGAACGUUUGCUUGGAAAAAAGUUCCCCUUGAUAAAUUUAGUUAAUUUAGUUUGUUUAGUCUCUUUUGUGUUGUAUUAACUGUACCUGAAACUAUAUGUUUUUAAUAAGAUUUGGAAAAAAGAUAAACUUGGGCUAAAUUUGCACUUCUGAGUCUUUUUAAUGAGAAAAUCCCCCAAAAAUGUUUUCGUGUAGACAUCACAGG